AGAUAAUAUAACAAGGACUCUGUGACACCCAAAAGCCUGACAGGAUGCCAGUUUAGCUAAUUAUCAGUGUCAUGUUCAAGUAAACUAAUACUGGAAGAAUUGUACUGAAUUGGUCAAAUCACUGCAGUAUCUAGCUGGGAAAACAGAAGGAUAAUGUUGACGCCUGCCUUUGAACUUCUUCAGGAUAAAACAUAUCUAACUAUCAUUGUCAAAGCGCCAUAUGCAAAGGUUUCUGAUACUGAAAUUUUCAUUGAGGAUGAAGAAGUUCGAUUUUUUUCAAAGCCAUACUUCCUUAGACUGAAUCUGCCAGGAAAGGUAGAAGAGGACGGCAGAGAGAGUGCUAAAUACAACACAGACGAUGGUAGUUUCACCAUCAAGAUUCCCAAGGCAACAGAAGGUGAGGUGUUUGAGGGUCUGGAUAUGCUCACCAAGAUAUUGACCCCAAAAGGUCAAACCUCAGCCGAGUCUCCCCUCAUACAGGUGCUGGAUUCAGCCAAUGAGGCUCCUAACCCCGAGGGCACAGAUCUGGAGAUAGAUGAAGAUUUUGAUUGGCACAUACAUCAGAAAGUUUAUGUUGAGGAAAAUAUACCUCUGGAUGCUCCAACAUAUGGCUUUGCUAACACAAGAUGUGGUGUAUUUAAACGACUUCAGGAAGACAUACUUGAAGUGGUCAGUCUCCCGGACCCAGAUGGAUGUGGCCUGACUGAACGGAGAGAGAAACGUGCGCAGUCAGAGGAGGACAAAUUUGACCCAGACUAUUACUUAGCAGAUUUGUAUGAAGAUGAUGGCAUACAAGAUCUCAUUAGUUAUAGAGCACCAUGGGAAAAACAGCUGAAGUCUCUGGAGCAAGUAAAAUUCACCGAUUCUGAAAAAGAGAAGAUGAGAAACCUGCCAAAAAAGGAAUAUCUAUUGGAGGAGAAACAGCUGAUAGGUGUGUACCUUGGCCUGGUGGAUCUUUUGUUUGCCUACGCCUACAACCACCGCGCUACAGAGGGCGACGACAAUGUGGAGUCAGCCUGGACUGUCUGUAACCUGAGUGCCACGUUAUCAUGGCUAGAUGUGUUCCACUCCCUGGAAGAUGUGGUGGUGAGCUCGCUGCGGCGAAGUCUGUGCUACCCCCUGUACCGGCAGUGGGCCUUCUCCAACAAGGUUCUCACAGAUACCUGUCAGAUCCUUCAAUUAGGUAAAACAGGUGUGUUGAAGUGUCUACUCGAGAUGAGGGAUAUCCUAGCCCAUAGCUAUCCUUAUUAUAUCCUCAAUGACCUGUACAUCACCGACUACUGUGUGUGGAUACAGACUGCCAGUGAUAAAAGACUUGCUUCCCUGACAGAGGCCUUAUCCAUGAUGUCAGUAAAAAAAGACACGGUUGGAUUAAAUUUGUGUACACUUGAAGCAGAAGCUGGCGAGGAAAAUGACAGUAAUGUGGAUGUCAUCACAGAAAGUGUGUCACAGAUCAGCUUACACCCCCACAAAGGUGUUCUCCUCUCUACCAGUAAUAACACCAAGGAUAGUGACGAUGACAGCACAGACUCAGAAUCCAGUAGUAGUGAAAGCACAGAAACUGAUGAUGAAAGCACAGAAACUGAUGAUGAAAGCACAGAAAGUGAUGAUGAAAACUCAAAAAUUGGUGAUGAAAGCACAAAAAGUGGUGAUGAAAACACACAGAGUGAUGAUGGAAAUAAACUUGUUGUUAAAUAUACAGAAAGUGAAGACAGAUGUGCAGGAAAUGACAAUCACAGUGAAAAAUAUGACGAAGACAUACAAAUUGAGGGAAUGAGAAAAAGUGAAAAUGUUAUUAACAAAAAUAAAACCAAUUUGACAGAAGACAUUAAACAAGCAAAUGAAAGUCUUGCAAAAGAUGAAAGUUCCUUAAUUAGUGUUGUUCACAUGGGAUAAAGAUCUACUAUUCACAUCCUGGAACAGCCUGACUGACCACAAAAUAGUAAAAAUAAAUACAUGAAAAAUAAA